AUGAGCACGUCGAGGAUGGAGCGGCCAGGUCGGCGGGCUAAGGCCGGCUCGCUGAGCGGGCUGUCGGGCGGGCUGCCCAGUGCGCCGAGUGGGCCUGGCGGCGUGCGGCGCCAGCGCUCCCUGGAGUGGGGCGGCGACAGGUACAGCAGCAGCGACGACGACCGCCCCCCGCAGCCCCCACCCCUCGCCGACAGAGUAUUCGCCUCACUCCUCGCACAAGCCACGCAACAGUUCGACAAUGAACAGCGUCGAAUCUAUGGUUCAGAAGGAGGUGAGGAACUACCUCGGUAUGCCAGCAGUCCACAACGGCAGUCUUCUCCAUUCCCUCAUGAGAGUACCAACAGGCGGUUCUACAGAAGAAACAGGAACUCUAAAGGUGAGGAGAUAUUCAGUGCUGAGCCUAGUGGUACUCUGCAGCGUCGACGACGUGCUGACGACUUUCCUCACGAAAACAACGCGCGCAACGCACGCCUUUGCCUGAAUAAUGCGUCGUCAGGCAAUGGAGGUCAAACAAGCGAAAGGGAGUGCGAAUCUCCUCCAGAGCCGGCUCCUCCCGAAGUACCUCCUAGAGGGCCAAGCCUUCAUGUCACCCUGCGCCAUCGUCCUUGCGAGCAACCAGCGGAGCCUGAUCGACUGUACCUGUCUGAAGAAUUCGUAAUGUCGGAAGGUGGUGCGAGUGGCGGCAACUAUCCAGCCAGGUCGCCGAUAUCCAGCUCGACCACGGGUCACUCCAGCUCCAGUCAUCACAGAUUGGGCGGCGCGCCGAUGUCGAGUGGAAUGGGCGGCGGCACACUGGGCAGCGGGCACUGCCAGCUCGCGAACCAACCGCUGGUGAUGCCGGUGUUCCCAUUGCGUGCCAGCCAGCCUAGCCCCGUCCCCGUGUACUCGCCAUCACGGUUCCACAUAGAUAAACGGUGCCAACACCGGUGCACGUGGAAGUGCCUCGCCAUCGCCAUGAUAUGCCUCUGUGUCAUCUUAGCGGCGAUGCUCGCCUACUUUAUAGCGUUAUCGUCAAUUAAAAGUAAUAUAGACAAUUCAAAUUGUAUUCUGGUACAAGAUGUGAAAGCCGUAACACAUGCACAAGGAAUUAGAGAUGCUUUAUCAACGUCAUCACCGUCAGACGAAUCAAUAUCAACUUCAUCAUUAGGCGGGUGGUCAACAACAGCAGAAGCGGCACUAGAGUCAGCAGUAAUACCUCAACAAGCGCAACAAGCAGCGCCGCCUCCUUGGUCACCCGCGUUAGAAGUUAGAGAAUUCGAUGAGUUACACAGCGCUACUAUACCUGCUUAUCAAUUUUGGAGUUCUGAAUUUCGCAACAAGCAACCCGCCUACGUUAGCCUUAACUUCACGGUUCCCUGGGGAGCUAAUUUUGCCGUAUAUGGCAGACGCAACGUAGCUCCUAGCGUAACACAAUACGACUUUGUUGAAUUUAUUAGAGGCGGCAGGGUUGACCACAGACUACGCCGCAGAAGAAGCCCAUUCAGAGAUAAUCCAUUUCAAAGUAGUCUAAAUGACUGGGACGCAUUGAUAAGCACGAUAAACCCAUUGCAUAAAUGGAACCACACACUAAGCAAACGUUCAACGGACAUGAGAGUAAACGUCAGCAUAUUACAAUACCUUGACACAGGAAGAUGGUUUAUAUCAGUAUACAAUGACGAACUGCAGCCACACAACGUUGAAAUGAUCGUUUCUGAGGCGGAAGGCGUCACUAACUCUUGUCCAGAUGAUUGCUCAGGUCACGGAUCAUGCUACCUCGGAAAAUGCGAAUGUAUGGACGGCUAUGAAGGACACGACUGUUCGAAAAGUGUGUGUCCAGUUCUUUGUUCGGGGCACGGUGCGUAUGCAGGUGGUGUAUGUCACUGUCUGGAAGGGUGGAAAGGUCCGGAAUGUGACGUUCCAGCACACGACUGUGAGCCGGCCGACUGUUCCGGGAGAGGUCAAUGUAUCGCCGGCCAUUGCCAUUGUAAGGCUGGAUGGAAAGGGCAAAAGUGCGACGAAGAGGACUGCCUUGAUCCAACUUGCGGUGGCCAUGGCUCAUGCGUGCGUGGUAGAUGCGUGUGUCGUGCAGGAUGGCGAGGUGCCUCUUGCAGUGAACGCGAUGCUAGGGUACAACGUUGUCUUCCUGCAUGCUCUCAACGUGGCGUAUACGACUUAGACGCAGGACGAUGUGUAUGUGACCCGCUCUACACCGGAGAUGAUUGCUCGCAAGUUGUGUGUUCAUUGGAUUGUGGACCGCAUGGUGUUUGUGCCGAGGGCGUUUGUCGCUGCGAUGACGGCUGGACAGGCUCCAUGUGUGACCAACGACCUUGUGACACGCGCUGUCACGACCACGGGCAAUGCAAAAACGGCACGUGCGUCUGUACGCAAGGGUGGAAUGGCCGACACUGUACUUUGCCUGGUUGUCCGAAUGGCUGUACUCGUCAUGGCCAAUGUCUUCUGGAAGAUGGAGUGUACCGGUGUUCCUGCGCUGACGGCUGGGCUGGCACUGAUUGCUCCAUUGCACUUGAACUCUCUUGCAACGACAACGAAGAUAACGAUGAAGAUGGCAUGACGGACUGCUCGGACUCGGAAUGCUGCAGUCGACCAGAGUGCGCCGAGCACAUCAUGUGCUUAGCUUCCAACGAUCCUGUGGAAGUACUCCUCAGGAAGCAACCGCCUUCUGUCACCGCAUCCUUCUAUCAGCGCGUCAAAUUCCUCAUCGAAGAAAACUCUGUCCAGAGCUACGCACACAUGGACGAAUACUCCGAAAGCGAGUUCUGGAAUUCCUUUACACCAUGCCGUGUCUCCGUGAUGAGGGGUCAGGUGGUCUCACCACAAGGCCUUGGUAUCAUCGGCAUCAGAGUCUCCGUCGACAGGGAGGCUCGCUUCGGAUUCACACUCACUAGACAGGGUGGAUGGUUUGACGUGCUGGUGAAUGGAGGAGGUGCAGUAACGCUACAGUUCCAGAGAUCACCAUUCAAGCCGCUGAGGAAGACCGUCUUCGUACCUUGGAACCAGAUCGUGGUUCUGCCACCAGUGCAGAUGGAACUUAGUGAUGACAACGUUAAAGUACCAACGCCCAGGGCUCCACCUCGCAUCGGCUGGUCACCAACUCCACAAUGGUGGGAGGCAGAAACUCCACCUUGUGCUGCACAUGACCAUGAACGAUUGAGGCCAGAAGUAGUAGCAGUUCCACCACUAGCAGCACCCGCUGCCUCAUCUGCUACCACUACCACCGUCAUUUACCCUGAGGCUCAGAUUGUAAGCGAAUCUAUUGGUAUCCCUGGCUCACUGGUGAAGCUCACGUAUCGUUCUUCCCAAUCAGCUGGGUACCUGUCUUGCGUCCACGUUCAGCUCACUCGUCGUGUAGUACCAGCAUCUCUCAUUCGGGUACAUGUUCGCGUUGAAAUCGAAGGCUCCUUGCAUACGCACACCUACGAAGCUGAUCCCGACUUGACUCAUAUCUUCGCAUGGAACAAACGAAACGUAUACAAACAAAAGGUAUACGGCCAAGCACAAGCUAAAAUAUCAAUCGGAUAUGAAUACACAUCAUGCUCGUCAAUCGUAUGGGAGACACAAACAGCUACUCUGGCCGGCUUCGACGUAGACAUUUCAGAUAUCGGAGGAUGGGGUCUAGAUAUACACCAUCAUUACAACUUCCAUGAGGGUAUACUGCAAAAGGGUGAUGGCGCACUACUUCACUUAAAGCAAUAUCCUAGGACUGUACAGGUUGUAAUGGGAACCGGUCUCCAAAGAUCUCUUGAAUGUCCUGACCACUGCAACGGCAAGGCAGCCGAUGCUCGUCUCUUGACUCCGACAGCAUUAACGUCAGGUCCAGAUGGAUCCUUGUACGUUGGUGACUUCAAUCUUGUCAGACGUAUUACUCCUGAAGGCGUUGUCACUACUGUUCUUCAAUUACAAACUACGCAAGUUGCAUAUCAAUAUUAUAUCUGCAUAUCACCAGCGGAUGGAUAUCUCUACAUAUCAGAUUCUGAGAGACAUCAAGUCCGAAGAGUGAUCGCUUUAGAAAAGGUCAGAGAUCCAGCCACUAAUUCUGAACCUGUAGUCGGUAACGGAGACCGUUGCGUACCUGGAGAUGAUUCUAACUGUGGGGAUGAAGGUCCGGCGAUCAAAGCAAAACUGGCUCAUCCUAAAGGUCUUGCAAUUGCAGCAGAUAGAACUAUGUACAUCGCAGACGGAACCAACAUAAGGGCAGUUGAUCCCAACGGCAUUAUACACACUCUUGUAGGACAUCAUGGCCAUCACAACCACUGGUCACCAGUCCCAUGUCGAGGAGCAAUUCCACCUUAUGAAGCACAAUUACAAUGGCCUACUGGUGUAGCUCUAUCUCCUCUUGAUGGAUCUCUGUACUUCAUAGACGACAGGAUUAUUCUGAAAUUAACAGUUGAUAUGAAAAUCAAGGUGGUCGCUGGCCAACCAUCACAUUGCCGCCUAGGAAACGAUGGAAAACCUGUUGCAAAGCCUGCCAAUCGAACAAACACAGACAUCAGGGAAGAUUCCAGCUUAGGCACUAUACUGGCUAUAGCUUUUGCACCUAGUGGUAUUCUGUAUGUCGCUGAGGCAGAUUCUAAGAAAACGAACGCUAUCAAAUCUAUUGACCCAUCUGGAAAGAUCAUGCAUUUCGCUGGAAAGGUUCAAGAGAACCUGAAGGAAUUAAGCUGUGAAUGUAAUUCCUCGGCAGCUGCAACAGCUGUACCUACGAAUUCUAGAGAUGAUGCUGGUUGCCCAUGUAGGCUUAGCGUAGCAGCAGGUGAUGAACCUCCUACAAGCACAGAAACUUUAUUAUCGUCCAAUGCUAAAUUCCAAACGAUUUCUGCUCUGGCUGUAACUCCAGAUGGAGUGCUCAACGUAGUCGACCAAGGAUCUCUUCACAUUUUGGCCCUAAAACACUACUUACCAACUCAUGACGAAAACGGAGAAUUUAGAAUACCUUACCCACCAACAUCAGAAAUAUACGUAUUCAACCGCUAUGGCCAACAUAUCACUACAAAAGACUUGACAUCAGGCAAAACGAGGUACUCAUUCUUGUAUUCAAAGAAUACAAGUUUCGGGAAACUAUCUACCGUAACUGAUGCAUCUGGAAAUAAAAUACAGUUACUGAGAGAUUAUAGCAACAUUGUUAGUUCCAUCGAAAACACACAAGACCAUAAACUUGAGUUGAAGAUUUCUGGAAUUGGUUACCUAACCAGAAUUUCUGAGAAAGGUUCCACCGAAAUGGAGUUUGAUUACGAUGCAAGUAGUGGAUUACUGAACAGUCGAUCAGGGGCUGGUGAUACAGUAAUCUACAAUUACGACGAACUAGGAAGAGUAACUAAAAUUAUAAUGCCAUCCGGUGAGCAAGUUCAUAUAACGUCUGGCCUUGCCAAGAAUUAUGGAUUAGCGGUCACUGUAUCAAACCCAUCAAGCACUAUCCCCGUAGGAGUUGCCAAGAAAUGUGAAUACGUAUUACAUGGUCAAUCGUUCAAACAAAUUACUAUAAAUAAUGGUAAACAAAUAACCGAAGGCAAGAUUUACACAAACAACACACUACUCCUUGAAACACCAUGGGCUGGCAAGUUCGAAAGUAUUGCCGCUGCAAAACACCCACUUCUGGAAGCUGCCUUGCCAAUAGAAGCUGAGAUGCUUCACAUGUGGUCACAUCAAACCACUACAUUCGGAGAUGCAUUGGUAAACAACAUGUAUUCCUUAUACACUCUUGUGGGCGAUGUAAGGAAUCCACAACAAACUUUGAAUAGAGAAAUAUGGGUGAAUGACUCCAGAGUGCUUAUAAUUGAAUUUGAUCAAUUUAAGAGCCGUGAAACCUUCUUCAACGCUGAUAGAAACCCACUGUUUACCAUCUCUUACGAUGUCGCUGGUUUACCACUUUCCUUCAAUCCGCAUGGUGCUGGAGCUCCUCUUAAUAUUUCAUACGAUAGAUUCAAUAGAAUCAACGGCUGGAAAUGGGGUGACAGUGAAGAAAGCUAUAGCUAUGACCCACAUGGAAUGCUUUCGGAGAUAACAAGUCCACAAGACGGCACAAAGUUCAUCUACUACAAUGAAGGUAACCUUGUAUCCAAGAUAAGCUUAGCCAGCCAAAGAAGCUUCAAAUACAAGUACGAUAACGAUGGUGGCCUAACACACGUCAUUUUGCCUUCGGGAUCAAACCAUUCAUUCAGUGUGCAACCGUCAAUUGGAUUUUUGAGAGUAACGUACACACCACCUGGUUCGUCCAAGAAAUAUUUGCAACACUAUGCUCACACAGGCGAACUUUUACAGACAGUAUUCCCAGGUGAUGGAGCUAGAGUUGUCUAUCGUUAUUUCACAACUAAUAAAGUAUCAGAAGUCAUUCAUGGAGAUGGUCAAACACAGAUUCAUUACGCAGAAGCCAGUGGUCUACCAUCAGAAAUAUUGCAUGUGGACCGUGAUGUAGACUAUCGAUGGGAAUCCACCUAUGUAGGUGGACUACUAACUGAAGAAAGGCUUGACUACGGUGCCAAAACUGGACUCAGUAAUGCUAAAAUUAUUUAUGAAUACGACAACAAUUAUAGAAUAACUUCCGUCCAAGGUAGAAUUGGUGGGCAAACACUAAUCCCGCAUCAUAUUGUUUACAACAGCAAAACGGGUGCUCCUGAGAUACUCGGACAAUUUACUGUGUCGAAACAGAAAUGGAAUGAAACCUCUGUGUACGACGGAAUAGCAAUGUUCUCUCGCCUACUUAACGACCAGUUCCUAGAAAAGGAAGUUACUGUGAAUAUCCACAGAAUGGAAGUAUUCCGAAUGGAGUUUUCUUAUGAUAGACAUGGAAGAAUAUCUCAAACACGCACUCAUACUCGAAAUGUAGGUGUUAAUACUUAUACUAAUGUCAAAAACUAUACUUGGGACUGUGACGGUCAACUUACCGGAGUGGAAGCUCAAGAACCAUGGGGCUUUAGAUAUGAUGAUAACGGCAACAUGUUGUCCCUGACUUACAGAGGUAAUACUAUACCUAUGGAAUACAAUGACAUGGAUCGCAUUGUAAAAUUCGGUGAGGGUCAAUAUAGAUACGAUAGCCGUGGUCUAGUAUCGCAAAAUGCAAGAGAAGAGAGAUUCCAAUAUAAUUCUAAAGGACUUUUGAUUAGAGCAACAAAACGAGGAAGAUUUGAUGUUCGAUACUUCUACGAUCAUCUAGACAGGCUAUCAACAAGAAAAGAUAACUUUGGAAAUGUAACGCAAUUCUUCUACACAAACAAAGAUAGACCCCAUGAAGUCAGCCAUAUUUAUUCCCCGCGUGAAAACCGAUUCAUGACCCUGGUAUAUGACGACAGAGGACAUCUGAUCUACACACAGGUUGCUCGCCAUAAAUAUUACAUUGCAACGGACCAAUGUGGUACACCUGUGAUGAUUUUCAAUCAAUACGGAGAAGGAAUAAGAGAAAUCAUGAGAUCUCCAUACGGCCAUAUUGUAUACGAUUCUAACCCAUACUUAUACCUUCCUGUUGAUUUCUGUGGAGGACUCCUGGAUCAAGUCACAUCACUAGUCCAUAUGGCAAAUGGAAAAGUUUACGACCCCUUGAUUGGACAAUGGAUGUCUCCACUGUGGGAAAAUCUCAUUGAGAGGAUUCAUAACCCAACCCAGUUACACCUCUAUAGAUUUAAUGGGAACGAUCCUAUCAAUGUACGGCCACAGAACAAAAAACCAACAGAUCACCUGUCAUGGCUGAAAUUACUUGGCUAUGAUACAAAGAGCCUUGCGCCUCAACUCUACCCUGACGAACUACCCGGUGGAUCAGUCUUACCAAGCAUUCCUCGCGGUCGGCCUGUUUGGGGCACCGCACCUGCUGAUACCAGUCCUGGACUUCCUUCUGCCAUGUCAUUACUUCCAACAGUCACAAUAGAAUCAGGAUUCCUCUCACACAUGUCAAAUAAGAGGAUAGCUGAUUUUAGAAGUUUGUCUAUUCCGGCAAUGUCAGCACUCAAGACUGACGCCCUGAACCUGGCUCCUAAACGUAUAGGAUCUGACUCCGAGCCACCAUUCGGACGUGGUAUCUUGGUCUCACGCAACUCUCGUGGUCGUGCAGUCGUUACCACCGUGCCUUCGGCUAACGCUAUCUAUCGCGAUGUUUAUACCUCAGUCUUUAAUCGAUCUCAUCUUCUGCCAUUCUCAUUUGUUGUGCAUGGUGAUCAACAAGAUGUCUUCUACUUUGUCAAAGAAGACACUUGGCGUGCCGCAGACGAUAAACAACAACUGAAACGAAUGCAAGGAAAACUUAAUGUAACAUUCCAUGAAGUUGCUGAAGGAGGACGUUCAUAUGCGGACGUUAAAAUUCAUGGAAAAACAAGCAUAGUCAAUCUACGAUACGGCACCAGUGCGGAACGGGAGCGACAGCGACUGCUGCACCACGCACGCGCCGCAGCCGUACGGAAAGCGUGGCACCGCGAGCGCGAGGCGCUGCGCAGUGGACUCGGCGGCUCGCUGGACUGGUCCGCAGCCGAGUUAGAUGAAAUUCAGAAGGCUGGAUCAGCAGCUGGCUACGAAGGAGAGUACGUGCACGACGUGGCACGAUACCCAGAGCUAGCCGAGGACCCGUACAACAUUCGCUUCGUGAAGAAGCGGUCGGAUCGCGCCGAGCGCCGGCGGCGGAAGCGCUCGGACUGCCGCGGGGCCUGGUGGCUCGCCUGGGACGAACUCUGCUAGUGACGUGCCGCCAUCCAUAUGCCAAAUGGUGUGAAUGUGAAAUAGGUGUGUGUAAACGGUGAGGAAUGAUCGUGCGAGUGUUUGUGAAAUAUAUUUUGUAAAUAGUCUCUAUUAAUUGUUAAUUGUUGAUGUAUGUAUGUACGGUAGAUGCGAAUCCCUAUCGCUGUGUAAAUAAUAAAGUUUAAUUUGCAGGGAGAGAAUGGACCUUUUGAGAGGACUGAUAUUAAAAAUAAAUGUAAUGUAUGUAUAGAUAAGAUUUAUGUGAAUAUGAAAUUAUUUAUACUUAUUUAUCGGUAAAAAAGCUUCAUUGUGUCCAAUGUUCUUAUAAAUUUAGAUGAAGACUAUUUGAAAGAAUAAAAAGGCAUACUUUUUUAACCAA